AUGGAUGACAUCUACAAGGCUGCGGUAGAACAGCUGACAGAAGAGCAGAAAAAUGAAUUCAAGGCAGCCUUUGACAUCUUCGUGCUGGGCGCCGAGGAUGGCUGCAUCAGCACCAAGGAGCUGGGCAAGGUGAUGAGGAUGCUGGGCCAGAACCCCACACCUGAGGAGCUGCAGGAGAUGAUUGACGAAGUGGAUGAGGACGGCAGUGGCACAGUAGACUUUGAUGAGUUCCUGGUCAUGAUGGUUCGGUGCAUGAAGGAUGACAGCAAAGGAAAGUCUGAGGAGGAGCUGUCGGACCUCUUUCGCAUGUUUGACAAAAAUGCUGAUGGUUACAUAGACCUGGAUGAGCUGAAGGUGAUGCUUCAGGCUACGGGUGAGACCAUCACGGAAGACGACAUUGAGGAGCUCAUGAAGGAUGGUGACAAGAACAACGAUGGCCGCAUUGACUAUGACGAGUUCCUGGAGUUCAUGAAGGGGGUGGAGUAAGACACCAACGCUCGCCCAGAGCUGCCUGUGCCACCUUCCAACGCCAUGGUGGGGGCCAGGGGCUGGGGUCCCCAGGAUGGGAGCUUGGGUAUGUCCUC